GAGAGAGAGAGAGGGAGGAGAGGGAGGGAGGGAGGGAGGGAGAGAGAGAGAGAGAGAGAGAGUUGCAAUGACAACUUUAAGGGUGCUUGUACUAUUGUCUUGCAUGAUCAUAGCAAAUGCCUACCGAGACAGUUUUUCGCCGGAAAAACAAUUUUCCGGCAGCCACUACGUUCAACAAGUACAAAAGAUGCAAGUUUUUAAAGAGUCCUUUGCUCAACUUCAGUCAACAUCACCAUCACCAUCACCAGUAAGUGAUCCAAAAGGCUCAUCAGGGGUGUAUCAUGUGACAUCUUAUGGUGCAGACCCAACUGGAAAAAAUGAUAGCACAGACCAAAUUCUUAGAGCCGUUUCGGAUGCGGUUCGAGAUCCGGGGAACGGAAAUUUGUAUAAGGAUAUUGUUAAUCUUGGCGGUGUAAGAAUCGAUCUUGAUGGUGGAAACUACAAGAUUAGCCGCCCCUUAAGGCUGCCGGUUGCCGGCAGAGGUAACCUCAUGAUACAUGGAGGAACAUUAACAGCUUCGGAAAAUUUUCCGUCAGAUGGCUACCUAAUUGAUCUGUCAGAUCCAUCUUCUUCAGGACUAGAGUACUAUUAUGAAUAUGUGACACUAAAAGACCUUAUGUUGGACUCAAACUUCAGGGGAGGAGGAAUUCAAGUGAUAAAAUCACUGAGAACUGGAAUUGAUAAUUGUUACAUUACACAUUUCAAUAGCUUUGGUAUUUUUGUCCAAGGCGGCCACGAGACCUACAUUCGGAACUCCUUCUUAGGCCAGCACAUCACUGCUGGUGGCGAUCCCGGGGAGAGAAGCUUCUCAGGAACAGCAAUAAGCCUGAAUGGAAACGACAAUGCUGUUACCGAUGUGGUGAUAUUUUCAGCUGCCACUGGAAUUCUUUUAACCGGCCAGGCUAAUACAAUUUCCGGGGUACAUUGUUACAACAAGGCCACAGGUUUUGGUGGUACAGGGAUAUAUCUAAAAUUGCCUGGCCUAACUCAAACCAGGAUCAUAAACUCUUACUUUGAUUACACAGGAAUUGUCGCGGAAGACCCUGUCCAACUUCACAUUUCCAGUAGUUUCUUCCUAGGCGACGCUUAUAUUCUCCUGAAAUCAAUUAAUGGAAUUGCACGCGGAGUUAACAUUGUGGAUAACAUGUUCUCCGGGUCUGGUAAAGGAGAAGACAUUGUUCAAUUGGACGAAAGAAACAGCAAAUUUACCAACAUUGAUCAAGUGAUUGUCGACAGGAAUAACGCGAGAGGGAUGAAUGUUAAGGCAACAGUUGCUAUAGGCACAAAAAAUGCAAAUGAUGCGGAUGAUACAUCCUGGACUAUUGAUCUGAAUCAAGCUCUGCUAUUUCCUGAUCGUGUAAAAACUGUGCAUUAUUCGUUGAUAGCAGGUGGAGAUGCGUUUCCUAAUCAUGCAUUGCGGAAUGUUACAGAUAACCGAAUUGUUGUCCAGUCGAAUGUGCCUGUUCGAGCAAAUAUUACUGUGAUUGUGGAUCAGUGAUCCAGAAAGAUUGCUUGUGUACUAUUUAUUAUUUGUUCUAAUUCAACCUGUACAGGUAAUAAUGUUACAUGUACUACAGAGAUUCAGAAGACGAUUAAAUUUAUGAUAUAAACUUGCAGACUUAUUUCAUUC